AUGCGAUGUAUCCUUUUUCAGUGGAGUGAAUGGCCUAUGGGAGUUGGCUUAUCACUGAGCCCUGCGUUCCCAUUCAUUCAGUGCUGAAUAGGCCCGCGGAGCUGAAGAGAGCGCAGCGCGUCCGCGACCAGACGGCGCUUUAUGCACGAGAGCGCAGGUCCCGCAACAAUACGCGACGAGCCGCGAAUCAAAGCCGCCCUUCUGCGCCGGCUCGGAGGAGAGCGCCUCUUGGAUUUAAGACGACUCGCCGUUGGUUCCUCUGAAACGCGUUGCUAUUUCUGCGGGACUUCCUAACUGGGCUACUUUACCUAAAGAUCGGCCUCCACGCGCGCGUCAGAUCUCCCUCCCUCCCUCCUUCACCGGAGCUCCUCCGUGGAUUUAUUUGUUUCAUCCUGGGGACUUAUGCACGCGUGACGCGCGCGCGCUGAACCUUUGCUUGAAACCGACCGAGAGGAAACUAACGCACAGGGAUACAGUCGCGCUUGGGAUUAUCGGGCUGUGAAUGUCCGCGCGUGGACGUUGCCCCUUCCUGCUGGAUGGACUUUCGCUAGGCUCCUUGCUUGAUGGAUUCCACGUCAUGGAUGGUUGCAUAUAGGUUUUCCGAUGCAUGCCAAGUCCACGGUGAAUGUCGGAAGUGGUGAUCCCCCCAGAUGGAGCUCCAAAGUCAACAUGGCCCCGGCGGUUCAUUAGUGGUGAUCCAGCAGCCUUCCCUCGAGAGCCGGCAGAGGUCGGAUUACGAGCGGGAGCUCCAGCAUGCCGCCAUUCUCUCCCUGGACCAAAUCAAGGCCAUCCGCUCCAGCAACGAGUACACGGAGGGGCCCUCGGUGGUGCGGAGGCCCCCUGCACCCCGCACACUUCCCCGGCCCCAGGACAAGCAGGAGAGGACUCACGAGGUCAUCCUCGUCAAUGUGAACAACAAUUAUGAGCACCGGCCGUCGGGUCACCAGCACCACCAGCACCACGGCGGCGCGGUGCUGGUGUCCGGGGGGCAGCAGUACGGCGGGUCCCGGGCCCCGGGGCUCAGCCGCUCCACUAGCACAGGAAGUGCUGCCAGUUCAGGGAGCAACAGCAGUGCCUCCUCUGAGCAGGGACUCUUGGCCCGCUCGCCCCCCGCCAGGCCCGGCCCGGGCUUCCACCACCACCACAGAGCUGAGCGGCCCGUUCGGACUCAGCCCAAGGCCCAUUCGCAGCCCCAGCAGGGGCCUCCGCUGGAGGCGCCGCUCAAGCCCCAGGGCAAAGGCAAGUCGGACCCGUCCGCCUCGGGCAACGCGGCGGCGGCCGGCGCCGGCGCCACCGCCGGACACCAGUUCAUCUGCGAGCGCUGCGGGAAGUGCAAGUGCAGCGAGUGCACGGCCCCCCGGAGCCUGCCGUCGUGCCUGGCCUGCAGCGGCCAGUGCCUGUGCUCGGCCGAGAGCGCGCUGGAGCACGGCACCUGCAUGUGCCUGGUCAAGGGCAUCUUCUACCACUGCUCCAACGACGACGAGGGCGACUCGUGCGCCGACCACCCCUGCUCGCUGUCGCGCUCCCACUGCUGCUCGCGCUUCCUGUGCAUGGGAUUAAUGUCGGUACUCUUCCCCUGCCUGCUGUGCUACCCGCCCGUCAAGGGCUGUCUGAAGGUGUGCCAGCGCUGCUACGACCGGGUCAACAGGCCCGGCUGUCGCUGCAAGAACUCCAACACUGUGUAUUGUAAACUGGAGAACUGGGCCCCACAGACCCAGGAAAAGCCCUCCUGAGUGUUUGUGCUCGCGAGUCGCAGGAGACUCUGAUGUGGAUCCUAUUAUGACAAUGCUAAUGUUGACGAUAGUCACAAAUUAAUGUUUAUCAAACAUUUUAAGCACCUCCCAUCUGCCUCCUCCUCGCUGCGGAACCAUAAGGAGCUAAGCAGUAAUGAAAACCACUCUGUUGUUUUUGUUUUUGUUUUUUCUGGAUCAGGACCAUGUUUUUACAGACCAGUGUUUGCCUUAACUGUUUCUAUGUCUGUCCUCAGCUCCUCGUUAACGUGGUCUUUUCAUAUAUAUAUUUAUAUGAAAAAAGCUUUUCUUCCGUUUUUAGGCAGGCAGCUUCCUCCAGGUCCGAGCUGCCUCUCACCAAAUCUGUGAAGGACGAUCUACUAUAGGGCAAUUAUGUAGCUGUUACCUGGUAUUCAUAGCGAGCAGGUAUAUUUGACUUUAUUGUUUGCUACCACACUAAAACCGUGGAAGUUCUUUGCUCAUGUUGCAUUAACGAAAGCACAUCCAUCUCAUAGUAUUGUUUUUUCCUCCACUCGGAUAUGUUUCUUCUUCCACCCACACACAUUCUGUGGCAUUCUCCCUUUUUGUUUAGUUUUUUCUUUCCUGUUUUUUUUUAUUUUUUAUUUUGUGUAAAUUGUAUGCUCAAAAUCCAUAAGAGGAAUUCUGGCUAUUUUUUAAAAAAAGAAAAUGUCUGUUAAAACAUUUUUUUUGUUGUAAAAAUAUUUAUUAUGUGAAGCUCUAUUAUUUUAUGAUAUUUAUUGCAAGAGACAGUCUUAAAUUUACUCAUGUCUGAAUAUAACAAAAUAUCAAAUACUUACUGAAAAAUUAAAGGGUGGCACAAAAGAAAACUAUGUUAACUUUAAUGCAGAAAAUAUAUUAAUUAAUGAAAAAAUA